AUGCGCUCUGGACAUCUUUCUGUCUCCGCCUCCAAGCUGGUGCUAGAGAUAGUUUUGCUGGUAACUGGAAUACAUUCAAAUAAGGAAGUGGCAAAGAAGAUUAAAAGGCCCAAAUUUGCUGUGCCUCAGAUCAACUGUGAUGUCAAAGCUGGAAAGAUCAUCAAUUCUGAGUUCAUGGUGAAAUGUCCAGCAGGGUGCCAGGACCCCAAAUACCACGUUUACGGCACUGGCGUCUAUGCGUCUUACUCCAGCGUGUGUGGCGCCGCAGUUCACAGUGGUGUGCUGGAUAAUUCAGGAGGGAAGAUCCUUGUUCAGAAAGUCGCUGGGCAAUCUGGGUACAAAGGAAGUUACGCUAAUGGUAUUCAGUCUUUAUCGUUGCCAAGAUGGAGAGAAUCCUUCAUCAUCUCAGAGAGUAAACCCCAAAAGGGUGUAACCUACCCAUCGACUCUUACAUAUUCAUCAGCCAAAAAUCCAGCUGCCCAAGCAGGUGAGGCCACAAAAGCCUAUGAGAAACCAUCUAUUACGGGGACAACCACACAGCCUGUUACCCUGACACAGGCUCUAGCUAUCCCAGUAGCUGAGGCCACCCACAGAACCACAUCAAAGCCAUUGGCAGCAUCUGUAACCAGCAGCCCCAGACCCCAACCUGUGGGCCACAGGAGCCAAGAGAUGGGUCUGUGGUCCCCCACCUCCUAUGCAGGCAGCCAACACAGUCCUGGCUCUCAUCCAGGCAGGGUUCCAGAGAAGCCUACAGGAGCAGCUUUUCAGGAAUCCUGGGGUUCCUUGGAGUCUGUGCCUCUUGGAGAGAUGGGUGUGUGGAAGCCUGGACCAGUCCUUUUAGAUUCAGGAUUUGUGCCAAAAGAGGAACUCAGCACACAGUCUUCAGAGCCCGUGUCCCAGGGAGAUCCAAACUGCAAAGUUGACUUGUCCUUCUUGAUUGAUGGGAGCACGAACAUUGGCAAGCGCCGCUUCCGGAUCCAGAAGCAGUUCUUAGCAGAUGUUGUCCAGGCUCUUGACAUUGGCCCUGCUGGGCCUCUCGUGGGUGUUGUUCAGUAUGGAGACAUCCCUGCUACCCAGUUUAACCUCAAAACGCACGUGAAUUCUCAAGAUCUGAAGGCAGCUAUAGAGAAAAUUACCCAGAGAGGAGGCCUUUCUAAUGUAGGCCGUGCCAUCUCCUUUGUAACCAAGAACUUCUUUUCCAAAGCCAAUGGGAACAGGGGUGGUGCUCCCAAUGUGGCUGUGGUCAUGGUGGACGGCUGGCCCACAGACAAAGUGGAAGAGGUGUCACGAGUGGCAAGGGAGUCGGGGAUCAAUGUCUUCUUCAUCACUGUUGAGGGGGCUGCUGAAAGCGAGAAGCAGUAUGUGGUGGAGCCCAACUUCUCCAGCAAGGCCGUGUGCAGAACAAAUGGCUUCUACUCCUUCAACGUGCAGAGCUGGCUCAGCCUUCACAAGACGGUGCAGCCCCUGGUGAAGCGAGUCUGUGACACGGACCGCCUAGCCUGCAGCAAGACCUGUUUAAACUCUGCCGACAUCGGCUUUGUCAUUGACGGCUCUAGCAGCGUGGGGACAAGCAACUUCCGCACUGUUCUGCAGUUCGUGGCCAACCUCAGCAAGGAGUUUGAGAUUUCAGACACCGACACGCGCAUCGGGGCUGUGCAGUACACCUACGAGCAGCGGCUGGAAUUUGGGUUCGACAAGUAUAACAGCAAAAACGACAUCCUCAGUGCUAUCAGGAGGGUGGGGUACUGGAGUGGGGGCACUAGCACCGGGGCUGCCAUCCAGUACGCCCUGGAACAGCUCUUCAAGAAGUCCAAACCCAACAAGAGGAAGGUAAUGAUCCUUAUCACUGACGGCAGGUCCUACGAUGACGUGCGCAUCCCAGCCAUGGCUGCCUACCGGAAGGGGGUGAUCACAUACGCAAUAGGCAUCGCGUGGGCAGCUCAAGACGAACUGGAGGUGAUCGCCACCCACCCCGCCAGGGACCACUCCUUCUUUGUGGAUGAGUUUGACAACCUCUACAAAUUUGUCCCCAGGAUCAUCCAGAAUAUCUGUACAGAGUUCAACUCCCAACCUCGGAACUGAGGUCGAAGCAGACCGUUGACCGCCUGACUGACUCUUGGGACUAUCCGCCAGCAUUGUCCCUCUUCCUUGGGCAUAAAAAGGGGCAGAGCUUGGGUAGGGCUUGGGGAAAUGCUUUUGUUGUUACUAUUCUUUGCCAUCAGUGCUUUAAAUGCUUCAAAACCUGCCUGUUAAAAAGCUGCCCAUCAAAUUCAAGAUUGGGUUCAAAUGCUGCACUCUUUUGGACGUGAGGAAGACUUCACAUUUUGACAGUUGUACAUAUCUGGAAGAUAGCUCUCAUGACA